CUUCUGUGGUGCAGCAAGCAGCAGUUUUGGAGAAGGGUCCCCAAGCUGAAGUUCGGUGUCCCCUGAGGUCCCAGUUCUUGGACUGAGGUGGCCUUCAGCUUUCUGGAAUGAGCCAGUCUGCACACUGGCCGAGCUCCAGGCCUUAGUUCCAAGGCGGACUUGGCUGGCUGAGCUUGGUGGCCUGACUUGGCCGGCAGCCGUACCUGCCCUGCCUCACCAUGGACCAGGACUAUGAGCGGCGCCUCCUUCGGCAGAUUGUCAUCCAGAACGAGAAUACAAUGCCGUGUGUCUCAGAGAUGCGGCGGACCUUGACACCUACCAACUCCCCCGUGUCCUCCCCCAGCAAGCAUGGGGACCGCUUCAUCCCCUCAAGAGCGGGCGCCAACUGGAGUGUCAAUUUCCAUAGGAUCAAUGAAAAUGAGAAGUCUCCCAGCCAGAACCGGAAAGCCAAGGAUGCCACCUCGGACAAUGGCAAAGAUGGCCUGGCCUACUCAGCCCUGCUGAAGAAUGAGCUGCUAGGGGCCGGCAUUGAGAAGGUGCAGGACCCGCAGACGGAGGACCGCAGGCUGCAGCCUUCCACGCCCGAGAAGAAGGGCCUGUUCACGUAUUCCCUCAGUACCAAGCGCUCGAGCCCUGAUGACGGAAAUGAUGUGUCUCCCUACUCCUUGUCGCCAGUCAGUAACAAAAGUCAGAAGUUACUGCGGUCCCCACGGAAACCCACCCGCAAGAUCUCCAAGAUCCCCUUCAAGGUUCUGGAUGCACCUGAGUUGCAGGACGACUUCUACCUGAACCUGGUGGACUGGUCAUCUCUCAAUGUGCUCAGUGUGGGGCUGGGCACCUGCGUGUACCUGUGGAGCGCCUGCACCAGCCAGGUGACCCGGCUCUGUGACCUCUCUGUGGAAGGGGACUCGGUGACUUCCGUGGGCUGGUCUGAGCGGGGAAACCUGGUGGCCGUCGGCACGCACAAGGGCUUUGUGCAGAUCUGGGACGCAGCUGCGGGGAAGAAGCUCUCCAUGCUGGAAGGCCACACGGCACGAGUUGGAGCGCUGGGGAGCCGGGAUCGCAUGAUCCUGCAAAGGGACAUCCGCACCCCGCCCCUGCAGUCGGAGCGGAGGUUGCAGGGCCACCGGCAGGAGGUGUGUGGGCUCAAGUGGUCCACGGACCACCAGCUCCUUGCCUCAGGAGGCAAUGACAACAAGCUGCUGGUCUGGAACCACUCGAGCUUGAGUCCCGUGCAGCAGUACACAGAGCACCUGGCAGCCGUGAAAGCCAUAGCCUGGUCCCCACAUCAGCAUGGGCUGUUGGCAUCCGGCGGCGGCACGGCCGACCGCUGCAUCCGCUUCUGGAACACGCUCACAGGGCAGCCACUGCAGUGCAUCGACACAGGCUCCCAGGUGUGCAACCUGGCCUGGUCCAAACACGCCAAUGAGCUGGUUAGCACACAUGGCUACUCACAGAACCAGAUCCUGGUCUGGAAGUACCCGUCCCUGACCCAGGUGGCCAAGUUGACCGGGCACUCCUACCGAGUUCUGUACCUGGCCAUGUCCCCUGAUGGAGAGGCCAUCGUCACUGGUGCUGGAGACGAAACCCUGAGGUUCUGGAAUGUCUUUAGCAAAACUCGUUCGACAAAGGAAUCUGUGUCUGUCCUCAACCUCUUCACCAGGAUCCGGUAAACCACGGGCCCAGCCAUCGGGGCAGAGGAGCACCACCUGUCAUCACGUGCAUGACCCUCCCUCCUGCACAUGUUCCCAGAGGAAGCAGCUGGGGUGGGCGGGGAGCCGGGCCCAGAGAGACCCUGAAGAUUCUCAUUAAAGCCUGAUUGCGAACCCUGUCAGCGGUGUUUGGGGUGGGGAUGUGGUUGGGCACCAGCAGGCACGCGGGGUUCCGGCUCCCUUCACACCAGGUGGCCCCAAGGCCCCAGCUUUGACCGUCUACACUCGGAUGAGAAUGGACGCCUCCCUGGACCCCACCUGCUUCCCUUUGUGUCCAUCGUCACUUUGUUGAGCUGCAUGCUCUUCCCAGAAGCACGGGUUCACCAGUACUGCCACUGCCCAAGUCUGCGACGGAGAAACAGCUGGAUGCCAAGCCAGUCAGCCAGGGGAGGGCCCAGCAGCAGGACGGUUCAGGUCAGCCCGUGGAUCCACAGGACUCCUGAUAGGUCUCUUGCGGCCACCUCUACUGUCCCUCUGCUGGCAGCUAUCCCAGUGACUCUGCUAGGGGCCAGGCAUCAGGAGCAGGCCCAGGCAGGCUGUGCACCAGAGGAGGUCAUCUCGAGAUGGACUUGUUCCAGGAAAACGGAAGUUGGGUCCACUUGUCAUCAUGAGCUUGCCCUGACCCUGCACUGUCCUUGUCACUGACAGGGACACAGCUGAGCUCUGUCACCAGCGGGACUACGGUUUCUGCGGCCUGCUGGGUGUACAGAUCUAGGUGGCCUAAGGGUGCCUCACCCUCCUCCCAGGUUCCUUCCCCAUUAGGCUAUCCCAUGUGUCCUGUCCAACCACGCCUAUGACCAUGGGGAAGCCAGGGAGGAGAGCGAGAGGAGGGGGCAACCACUGGUUCCCCAGAAGCUUUCCAGGUGUCCUCUGAUCCUGCCCCCACCCUGUUGUCCUCUGGCCAAGCUGGGUACCAGCUCUCUUCCAGACCUGGAGAAACUGGAGGGAGAGAGGUGGGCCCAGGUGUGGCGAGAAGGCAGAGCAGGCCUGGGGCGGGGCGGAGGUCACUCUGGCCCUGCUUCUAGGUCCCCCUCAUUUAGUGUUCCCCCGCAAUUGGCCAUGUGUGUGCAUGUGUAUAUAUGUAUCUGUGACUUUUCUUCGGGAUUGUUUUGUGUUUUGUAGAUGGGUCCCAGAAAUGUUUGAGGCUAAUUAGAGAAGGGCACGGCCCACCCAACCUGCCUGGGGGUGACAGGAGUCACAGCUUUUAAAGCCUUCAUUUAGGAGGGUGAUCAGCUGAACCUGCUUGGAUUUGGGGAAGGGUGGGACCCUGCCCCAUCCAGCAUCUGUGUGCCAUAGCCUCAGGCAAGGACAAGGACAGUGUACAUAGAUUUGUGUAUUUCGAUUGGUCAUCUUAUUUUUGAGUGUUUUUUUAAGAGAAAACAGUCCUUCCCUACCACAUGCUCACCCUGUGUAGCUGCCGAAGAGCCCAGGAGCUGGCUCUGUGUGUAGGACCCGCGCCUGGGAAUUGAGACAACAGAGAGGAAUGUGUGUCCCCGGCCUACAGGCCUGGGGGCUGCAGAGUGAGCCCUGUGUCUCGUCUAGUGGCGUAUCACUGUCAUUAUACCGGGUAUGGGCUCAUGCACGGCUCGGCUGGCUGUCCAUCUGGCUGGGGUGGCUGACAGCUGCAGUCUGCACAUACCCAGGCCCCAGACCAGCCUGAACGUCACAAACAGGUGAUGAGCAACCUGCCCUGGGUGAGCUCCCUGAGGGAUGCCUGUGUGUCUGAUUUCAUGUUCUAAUAGGGAUAAGGGUGACAUGCAUUCACACCGUCCCUGCAGUUGGGGGGGGGGGGGGGGGGGGCUGGUCUCCUCAUGCAGUGAGAUGGGGGCAGGGGAGGGAGGGCUGCAGGCUGCACAGGAGCUCUCAGAGCAGGCCCUGCCGCCAUCUCCACCUGACGUGACUGAGGUCAGCAGUGGGGGCAUCGCCCACCCAGUGUCUGCACUUGUGCAGAGUUGAAGGGUGGGUGGGGCACGGUCUGUCAGGCACCCUUUGAUUAUUGAAUGUGGCUUUUUGGGGAAAGGGAGUUAAGGGUGAGGCAGAGGCCAGUGCAGCGGUGACGGGACCUUGCAGCCGCGUGUGACUGCAGAGCCUGCAGGCCUUUUCCUCCUGGGGCAGAUCUCUGACCCAGGCACUGGGGACAACAAAACAGACCAGAUCCCAAGACCUGCCCUCAUGGGGCUUCUGUUGGGUGUGCGAGGGAGGUGUGUGCCGUGUGAUGGAAGAAGGAGGCUUUAGGAAAGGUCAGCUUUGGAUCCAGGACUUGCUACAAAGCUGAUGUUUGAGCAAGGAAGGGUUCGGACAAGAGCAGGAGACCUCUGGGCAGAGGACUUUACAGCUGUGUAAAGGCCCUGAGAGGAACGUUCCUGGAGUGUGGAGAGCAGUGAGGAGGCCCUUGUGGUACAGCAGUGAGCAGGUGGAGGGGAGGGAGGGAGGAAGUGAGGGCAGGGCGGGGCCUGGGCAGGUCUUGCAGGGCCUCGUGGUGAAUGUGGAGACGUGACCACGGGUGCAGGGGCACAGAGGCCACAGAGGAGGCUAUGCCAGGCUGUGAUGAUGUGACUGGCCUGGACCCGGUGGAGGUGGUGAAAAGAGGGGAGAUUGUGGAUUUUAUUAUUUUUUAAUUGUGGUAAAAUAUGCAUAACUUAAUGUUUACCUUCUUAAACUUAACAUUCCGUGGCAUUUGGUGUAUUUAUAAUGUUGUGCAAACAGCACCUCCAACUCCAGAACAUUUCCAUCACCCUCCCAAAAACCACGCCUCCACUCGGUCACCCUCCGCCCCCGGCAACCAUGAACCCUCUGUCUCUGGAUGGGCCUGUCCUGGACAUUCACAUAAAUGGAAUCACACACUGUG